UUCUCCAACCCUAGCCGUGACAGAGGGAGAGAAUUUGCUGCUAAGGGUUUUAGGGUUUUUUUGGUUCUUCAUCGUCAGUCAUGCAGGCGGAUCCCGAAAUAGAUGUUGCUCCAGGGCAGCCGAAGAAGAGAACUUUUAAGAAGUUCAGCUUCCGAGGGGUCGAUUUGGAUGCUUUGCUCGACAUGUCAACUGAUGAACUUGUGAAGCUCUUCCAUGCUAGGGCUCGCAGAAGGUUUCAACGAGGUCUGAAGAGGAAGCCGAUGGCUUUGAUCAAGAAACUGCGUAAGGCGAAACGGGAGGCUCCACCUGGUGAGAAGCCAGAGCCAGUUAGAACUCACCUUCGGAACAUGAUCAUAGUACCAGAAAUGAUUGGAAGCAUCAUUGGGGUUUAUAAUGGAAAGACCUUCAACCAGGUCGAAAUCAAGCCCGAAAUGAUUGGUCAUUACCUAGCCGAGUUCUCUAUCUCUUACAAGCCAGUUAAACAUGGUAGGCCAGGUAUUGGUGCUACCCAUUCGUCAAGGUUCAUUCCUCUCAAGUGAGAUCUUCGUUCAAACUGGGUACCCGGGGAAUUGUUGUGGCAAGAGUGGUUCUGGUGCAAUGUUGCUGCGUAUCAAUUAAAUUUUGGAUUUUUAGUUAUUUCGUUUUCGAAUUCCUACUCUUAGUUCAACUCCUGUUUGUUUUUUUGGUGGUUCAAUCUCCACUUGGAUAUAUAUUUGGAAGCUUUGCUUAAUCAAAGUAUGAAACUGAACUAUGAUUUUUUUUAUCAGCAAUAGGAAAGUUUUUGUUGAGGAAA